UAUCAACCAUGAUCCCGAUUUUUCUCUCCCUCUUCUUCCUUCUUUCCUUGCCCAUAUAUAGACUUUGCCUGCCCCCAUCCCUUACCUGCAGAUUGAGCAAUCGCGAUCUGCAUACCUAGGCGCCGCUACCAGUUAGCAAGACUUAAUCUCAGACACCAAAGGCAACAGCUUAUCGUUCGACAUUGCAUGUUUGCCGCUCUCAUUGCUGGAUGGGAUCUCCUGAGCUAUUACACUAGGCAGGCGUGUUGCAUGAAUUGUCUCGGCUUCGUGGGGUAUCGCAUCCUUGAUAAAGCUCGACUGGCCCAACCUGCCAUCGACUGCCCUUCCUGUGACUCUGUCAGGCUUUUCUUGCAGUGACGGCGCCUCCCUUUUCGCCCGUUGACAAUGUCGCCGAUGACAGGCCCGUCCUCUCAAGCCUCUGCCGGACAGGACUCGAGACUUCUGAAAAGCACAUUCCUGGUCAGCAAUAUUCACUGUUCCUCCUGUGUCGCAUACAUCAAUGAAGUCCUAUCAGACCUUGGUGGAGUGAAGCAGAUUGACGUCUCAGUCCUCACACAUGAAGUACGCGUCGUUCAUCAUGACGACACAGAUCCAUCACACCUAGCCACAGCUUUGGUGGAGGCUGCUUUUGAUGUCCACCACGUUACAACCUAUGAGCCUAGAGGCUCAGUAAUAUCCGAACUUGAUACCACCUCAUGGCUACCCCGCGACUCGGUACUGUUCACUACUCAGCCCAAUUCGAGCUCCAAACCAGCUUCGGGAAGCAGACAUGUCGAAAACUGUGACGCUUGCAGAAAAGAGGAGCUGGACAGACUCGCGGCCGGCGAUGACUUAGCAGAUGGUGCUUCUCGUCUACCCCAGGAUCGGUACAGUGGUCUUCGAACCGAUGGUAAACCUAGUCCAUCCGAAUCGGAAUUCCGAAGUUUAGUACGUCAAGGGUCCAUAAUGAGCGGCACAUCCGUGGGGUCACGGUCAGAAGCUGAAGGCAAGUUCAAUGCUCGUGUGAGCAUUGGCGGGAUGAGCUGCGCAUCGUGUGCGAACAGCAUCACGAACGAAGUCAAACAACUGGACUUUGUCGAGGAUAUCAUCGUCAAUCUCCUCACUAACAGCGCUGCGGUGGUCUUCACUGGUCCUCAGUCCAACAUAGAAAAGGUCGUUGAGCAGAUUGAGGAUAUCGGCUUUGAAGCAUCACUUGAUGAAGUCAACAAGGUUAAGGUGCACUCUCAGCGCAAGGAAGCAUCCUCCUCGACCUUCGUCGCUGACAUUUCCAUCGGCGGCAUGACUUGUGGCUCGUGUUCAGGGGCUGUCACUCGAGGGCUUGAGGAGCUAUCUUUUGUUACUGAAGUCUCGGUCAACCUCCUAACCCACAGUGGCAGAGUCGAGUUUGAGGGGCGUGAACACAUUGACGAUAUCGUGGAGAAGAUCGAAGACCUAGGUUACGAUGCUUCGGUUAAUAGUGUGGUUCCCCUGAUACUGGACCGUGAUGAAGCAGCCGUCGAAGAGAGGACCGUGUCCAUCCAUGUGGAUGGUAUGUUCUGUCAUCAUUGUCCCGAAAAGGUUAUACAAGCUUUAACUGGACUCCCCGAUGUGAAAGUCGAUGGCAGCCUGUCUGUGAAAAACCCAAUUCUGGCAGUUACUUAUACGCCCAAGCCGCCUGCUCUCACAGUGAGGAAGAUUCUCCAAACCAUUGACACCGCGCAUGAUCUAUUCACUGCCACCGUCUAUCGUCCCCCAAGCAUCGAGGACCGGUCACGGGCCAUGCAGCGGCACGAAAGACGUCGACUGCUUACCCGUUUUCUCUUCGUUCUGGUCGUGGCGAUUCCCACAUUUCUCCUUGGUAUCGUGUUCAUGAGCCUAGUGCCGUCAAGGAACAAAGUUCGCAAAUUCCUGGAAGAACCGAUGUGGGCUGGUGAUGCCUCGCGCCUUGAAUGGGCCCUUUUCAUCAUGACCACGCCAGUCAUGUUCUACGGCGCCGAUAUCUUCCACGUGCGAGCGAUGAAGGAGAUCUAUUCCCUGUGGCGUCCUGGAAGUCGUGCCCCGGUUCUGCGCAGGUUUUACCGGUUUGGCAGCAUGAAUCUCCUCAUUUCCGCUGGAACAACGGUCGCGUAUGUCUCAUCGUUGGCUGUUCUGAUCAUGGAUGCAGCUAUGGAAUCAACGUCUAGCACACACAGCUCAACUUAUUUCGACACUGUCGUAUUUCUCACCAUGUUCAUUCUUGCUGGACGGUUUAUGGAAGCAUACAGCAAGGCGAAGACCGGCGAUGCGGUCGCAUCUCUUGGAAAGUUGCGGCCGACAGAGGCCUUGUUAAGGGUCAACGCAAGUGAUGCAGAUGAAUCCGGUGACUGUGAUCGGCUCGCGGAGGAUGGGUAUGAGCGGAUCAACAUCGACCUGUUGGAGGUUGGCGACGUGGUCAGCAUACCCCAUGGUGCCUCGCCCCCGGCAGAUGGCGUGGUCGUUGGAACCGGCUCUUAUCGAUUCGAUGAAAGCUCUUUGACCGGAGAAUCCAGACCGGUCAGCAAGUCAGCAGGUGACCAAGUCUUUACAGGGUCUGUGAACGUUGGACAACCAGUCGAGGUCAAGGUCUCGGCAAUUGGGGGAUCGUCCAUGUUAGAUCAGAUCAUCUCGGUGGUGCGAGAAGGUCAGAGCAGACGUGCCCCUCUAGAGAGAGUCGCAGAUUUGCUCACUUCGCACUUUGUUCCGAUCAUCACCCUGAUUGCAAUUUUGACGUUCGUCAUUUGGCUCGCUCUCGGACAUUCUGGAACACUGCCCUAUGAUUACCUUGACGUCUCACGCGGCGGUUGGACUUUCUGGAGCCUUGAAUUUGCAAUUGCAGUCUUUGUCGUGGCCUGUCCCUGUGGUCUAGCACUCGCCGCACCAACUGCACUUUUCGUCGGUGGUGGGCUGGCUGCUCGGCAAGGCAUCUUGGUCAAAGGAGGAGGCGAGGCCUUCCAAGAAGCGAGCCGCCUCGAUGCCAUUGUGUUCGAUAAGACGGGGACUCUCACAGAGGGCGGUAGUCUGCAGGUUUCCGAUCACGAAGCAAUCACUACGGAUGCCCGCAUGAUGCAGGUGGCCUGGACACUUGCCCGAAAGCUCGAGGAAAGUAGCAAUCAUCCAAUCGCCCGGGCGAUCACUACAUUCUGUAGAGAGAAGCCCUCGGUCACGGUAAGCAGUUCAGACAUUGAAGAGAUAUCCGGUCAAGGAAUGAAAGGAGUGUUCACCCUGUCAGUGGGAGAUCCCAGUGAAAAAUCUGACCCGGCAGUUCACUAUGAAGCUGCUAUUGGCAACCAGCAUCUUUUGCAGAGCCUGGCGACCGAUGAUGAUGACGGCCACCUUUCCAAAGUUCUCUCGAAAUACCAAGCAGCCGGCAAAUCCACUGCGAUAUUGGCGCUCCGCCGAGUGGAUUCCAAUGCCACGAACAACCCUUCCUUUUCCACCGCAGUUGUCUUUGCAAUCUCUGACUCUAUCCGACCCGAUGCUGCAGAGGUGAUCUCGAAGCUCCAGAAGCGCAAAGUUAACGUGUUCAUGUGCACGGGCGACAACCAAACAACUGCAUACGCCGUCGCAGACAUGGUAGGCAUCCCCCAUGCCAACGUCAUGGCGAACGUGAUGCCCGGAGGAAAAGCGGAUUUUGUUCGUCAAGUCCAAGACGGCAAUUUCACCCCUCGAACGGAUUCCGAAGCUGAAAGCCAGCGUACCGAAAACGGCCCCCGAUCCAUCGUCGCCUUCGUCGGGGACGGCGUGAACGACUCUCCCGCCCUUGCAGCAGCAGACGUGAGCAUCGCCAUGGCUUCGGGCUCCGAUGUGGCCAUGAACUCCGCCAGUUUUAUUCUUCUAAACUCCGAACUCGACACAAUCCUGCAGCUCGUCUUGCUCAGCCGUCGCGUCUUUAACCGCGUCAAAUUGAACUUCGGUUGGGCGUUGGUAUACAACUGCUGCCUGGUUCCUGUCGCCGCCGGUGUCUUCUAUCCCAUCGUGAGCGGUCACAAGCAUGAGAUGGUGGGAGAUGCCAUUGUCACGGUCAAUACACACUGGAGACUUAGCCCCGUUUGGGCUGCAUUGGCUAUGGCUCUGAGCAGCAUUUCGGUGGUUUGCAGCAGUCUUGCGUUGGGGCUUGAUAAGAGGACGAUUAACAAGUUGUUUCGUUUGCCGGAAUAGGCGAUUAUGAUUGUCACGAAUUUUCUAUACUAUUCCUGUGUUCAUCAUUUCGUUAUGGAUAUUUGGUAUCUUGAUUUGGAGGUUGGUUGGGCUGGGUAUUUCGGGAAUUGGGUUUUUAUAACUUGGUUUCGAUAUAUGUUUUUUUACUGUGGAUAUGAGCAUGCCACCGCAGACAUUUAAUUCGUCCUGGUGAUGAUGAAUGAAUGUGAUAUCAGUAUGGUGUUGUAUUGAGAUGAUUGUAUAUUUUCAUGCUUUCGAAAGUUGUACUGCUACUCGUAUAUAGCUCCAGAAUGUGC